CGGAGAAUCGAAAUGGAAAAUAGUCGAAUAGAGUAUAACAACUCAGUUUACAUACAAUUCCUUACAGCAGUUGCUCGCCCUCAUAAAUGACUGCAAUAUGUCCACCACAAGGAAGUGCUUCUACAUGUCACAGAAACCUGAAGGAAAUGUGCAUUUUAAGGACGAAUGAUACACGUUUCUUUGUGUUCCUAUGCAAAUCUAUACGAAAGAAAAGUCUAAUAUUUCUAAUGUUUUGCUGAGCGGGCAUAAAAAAAAUCUUUGUUUUACCUUAAAAAAUUUGUUCCUAUACAAAUCUAUUCGAAAAAAGUUUAACAUUUUUAAUGUUUUGCCGAGCGGGCAUAAAAAAAUCGAUGUUGGACCGCUGAGUAAGAUGUUGGACCGCUCGGAGAGAUGUUGGACCGCUUACGUCACAGAAUGGGCGGAGCUUUAUCUCAUUUUCAUUAGUUGGUGUAAAACAGUGAGAGACCUGAUGUUACAUUACGGAAUAUAGUACAAAAUACAUACUUUGACUUCUUAGACGUGAAUAAAACAUCCAUAUUUCCACCAAAAAGGACACAGCUAGAGUAAUCAUGGAAUCCAGCUUGAGAGCUAACUCGAAAUCAAAUCUGAUGGAUCAAACUGCAGUUUUAAAAUGCGGUGUUUCAAACUGUCAAGAAAAGGCAGCGACUUUCUCUCUUGACACGUGUGGUCAUGUUGUUUGCACACGCUGUUUAGUAAAGUCAAGAACUUCCCAAGAUAACACCAAUAUUUGUGUCUGUCCAUUGUGUAAAAACUGUCGUUACCCCGCCUGGAUUGAGUUUGUUACACUUGUUAGAAAAGUGUCAUGUAUGAAUUACUGUGGAGCCUGCUUGUGUGAAAAGGCAAUUUUUAAGUCAAAUUGUGGUCAUUUGUUUUGUGGCAGCUGUUUAGAGAUAUUGGCGUCUACAACAUUGCCUGUAUGUAAUGUUCUUGACUGCCAAGAAAAAUUACCGUCUGAUGAACUAAAAGGGUGUGUGAAGCAAAAAAUGGACAUACUGGUAUGGCGAACGUUUGAAAUUUCAAACAAGCAGGAAAAAUGCGAUGAAUUGUGUGGGAAUCGAGCUGUAGUGAAAGUUAAGAGCUGUUCACACUGUUAUUGUUUUCCCUGUGCAGACCUGAAACUUCUCAAAAAUGAAAAAGGCACCAGCGAAGAUAUUGCCUGUUUAGAGCGGACUUGCUGUGACACUUGGAUACCAAAGCAACUUUUGGAAUUUUUUCUUAAAAUGUUCAAAGAAAUUCCAGUGAUGACUGCAGUUUCAAUCAAAGUGAGCGAUGAGAAAUGUUACAAUAAGAAAUGCAAUGAUGGAAGCAUAAAAACGAUUAGGUUAAGGAACAAAUCUUGUUCCUUUCUGCAUGCAUUUUGCAUCAAUUGUUUUGAAGAAAAGUUAAGUUGUUCUGAUGUUGUGAGUGAACCGUUCAUGCAGUGGAACUGUAUUGAGGAUUUGAUUGUCUGCGAUUGCCCUUGCUGCAAAUCAAGAACUCCUGUGAAAUGCCUGAAAGCUGUCAUAGAUGUGAUAAAAGGACACGACUGGACGAAAGAAAUAUUCUUGAGAAAAGCAGUUUUUCAAGAAGAGUGUGAUCAGUGUAAAAAUGCUGAGGCUUUCGCCACCUGCAUGCAUUGUUCACAUGGAUACUGCUCUGAUUGCAUGAAGGAUAUAUCUGAACGAAGAGAUAAAGAGUAUCAUGUCUGUGAUGUGACAUACUGCAUGUGUCGCGUUCCAAUUGCAGUUUUUCAAGGAUUCUUGAAAAGGACAUUGAAAAAUGAGACAAAUUUAGAUCCCAGUGACCAGAGAAUUGAGCAAAGGGAUAAACCAAAUAUCUCAGUGGAAAUGUCCAUCGACAAAAAGAAUCGCAUCUUGUUGUUGAAUGCUGAAAUAGAAACAAAAUCUAAUAUCAAUAUGCAUGAGUGGAUGAAGGAUGACAAACCAUUAAAAAUGAACGACGGGAAAAAAUAUGAAGAAAAGGGAACUUUAACAAAUACACCACAAUUAAAAAUAUCUAAUAUUGGAAAAGAAGACGAAGGGAAAUAUACACUCACUGCCAAAAAUGCUUAUUACAAAGCAUCAAGUAACUGUGUUGAAUUCUGUGUUGAGAAAGCUUCUCCAUCAGUGUCGAUUAGGACAGAAUUUGGCGAUAAUCACCAACGAGGGAUUAUAAUUGUAGAUAUAAUCACAAAAUGGCCCAUUGAACGUGUUCACUGGCUUAAAAAUGGAAGAAAAAUUAAUCUGUCUGAUGUCGGGAAAAAAAUCAUUGAAAAUAAAAUUUUGGACCAAGAAAGCCAGAGGAUGCUAAGUAUAAACGACUUUCGGAAACAAGACGAAGGUUCAUACUCAUGUGAGGUGGAAACUCUCGGAGGCAAAGAGAAAAGUGCAUCCAUUUUAAUGAAAUGUCCAAGAUUUGUCCCGAGUGUGUCUUUGUCACUUAUCUUCAAUGAAAAGAACCAUUCCUUGCUUCUUUGUACAGAGAUUGUGUCUAAUCUCAAAACCAAAGCACCCAAGUGGAUGAAGGAUGGAAAGCAGAUAUGUUUGAACAAACAACCUCAAAAGUAUUUGGAAAGCCGACAUCCCAUGACUAAACCAAGUCUGACAAUAUUUGAUGUUGGAAAAGCUGACGAAGGAAUGUACACAGUUUCAAUUGAAAAUGAAUAUGGACCAGGAAUAAGCGAGACUAAAGUCUUUCGAAUUCCAAAAGAUCCACCAAAAUUAUUACUCUCAUUCGUCCAUAAUAUUCAUGAAAAGUGCUUUACUGUGGUGGCAGAGAUUGAUUCCAAGUGGCCUCUCCUGAUAUCAAAAUGGCAAAAAGAUGGAAUUGAUCUUAUACUUUUUCAAAAUAUGACAGAAGUUUUUGACAGUACUCGUCGGACCCUUGUUAUCAAAAACUAUACAGCGAAAGAUAUAGGAAGAUACAAAUUUAUUGCAGAAAGUGUAGCAGGGCGGGGCGAAAGUACGGAGAUUGAAUUAAAAAUCCCAGACGUUCUACCCAAAGUAACGAUGGAAAUGUUUGUCUUGAAAAAGAAAGAAAAAUUGAAAUUUGUGACGACUAUCCAUUCCGAAUCACCACUUAAAGAUGUCCGGUGGCUAGCUAACGACAAAUUUAUUGACCAGAGAAGGUUAUGCAAAUACAGGAUAGAAAAAGGUGGCAACGAAUAUACACUGUAUGUAAACGAUGUUACACAAGAUGAUGAAGGUGUAUACAGGGCUGUUGUAGAGAACAGAGCUGGGACCAACUCCAGUCAAGCAAUCACGUUUAAUUUCUCCGGCGAAAAUCCUAAAGUUUCCCUCACACAAACAGCGGAGAAACACACUGUCGAAUUGAACGGACUUAUAGAAUCAUCUUGGCCAAUUAAAAAGAGAAUAUGGCAGAGGGAUGGAUUAAAUCUACCGAAAUUGCCUGGAAAAUAUGACGUCACCGAAACCAAAUUGAGGAUAAAUAAAAUAACAAAGCAAGAUGAAGGACUUUACAGACUCUGUGUACAAAGUACGGCAGGGAUCGGUAAAAGUAAACAGAUUCGGAUAUCGAUAGAGACUGAACCAGGAAGCAGUACUUACAACAGAAAUUCAAAUCAAAGUACACCCAGAAAUGAAGCUUUAACAAAAUCCAUCACAAAAAUGGAACAAGAGACUGUUCAGGCUGUGCAAAGCUCUCUAAUUCAUAGACCAUACACCCAUCGAGUCAAAUGUGAAAUUUGCAAUAAAACUGCUAUUGCAACUUUUGAAAACUGCAAAGAUUCGUAUUGCUUGGAAUGUCUUCAGUGCGUUGCCGGGACAUGUACAACAUCUACUAUAAAAUGUCCGAAGGCUGGAGAUUGUUCUUCGUAUAUUACAGUAGAAACAUUCGCCAGAUUUUUAAAAAUUCCAUAUACGCUUAAUAUAGAGAUGCCACUGUAUUUUGAAGUUUCUCCCGGAAAAUGCAUGUGUAGUGGGUGCUAUAAUGAGGGUGUAAUAAAAAUGACCAAUUGUUUCCAUUCCUUGUGCUUGCCAUGUCUUCGGAAAUGCAGUAUAAUGACAAAAUGCCUCGGGUUCGCUUGUGUAAAUAAAGAGAUUCCACCCCAAAGAUAUUUUCAGUACUUGGAAUCAGCCUUAGAUGAUAAAAAGCAACCUGCCUUUUUACUUGAUGUGAAGACAAUGUACCCUGUGGAUUGUCGAACAGAAAUUACCAAAUGCUCUACGUGCAUUGAGAAGGCGAGCUUUGAGAUAAUCCGUUGUACGCAUAAGUUUUGUGACCGAUGUUAUGGAAGGAGUCAAUCGAUAUGUGGUGUGUCAUUUCUCAUCAGAAAAUGUGCCGUUAAUGGAUGUCAUGAAUUGUACCCGUUUCCCUGCGAGCAAACAAAACGUUUGAAGAAUGUGGAACAGUCUGAAGAAAUUUUAUAUGAAAGAGAUGGAACAGCCAAAAGUUCGGAUAUACCUGAUGAGAGAAAGAACACUAAUAUCAUCAAACGAGUGUUGGCAAAUUCUUCAUAUGGAACAUCGAAAGGACUAAGCAACAUAGCAUUUUCCUGCUAUCGAAAUAGUAUUUUACAGAUCCUUUCGGAAACCCCCAGAUUUUUCGAAUGGUUACUCGACAUGUGUAAAACAAAGAAUAAAAGCUGGGUAUUUCUUCUGAAAGAAAUAUUAGUGUGUAUACGAAGUCAGACAACUGGUGGCAGAGAGAUGCUUGAACUUUUGCGUCAUUUUCACCAUCUAUUCAACAUAGCCAAUUCAGGAUACAGAGAGUAUCAACAGGAGGACACACUUUCCUUUCUGACAACUGUGUUGAAUGGAAUAAAUGAUGAAUAUGAAAAAGAAGGAAAAGGAUACCAACAGAUGAAAAACCCACUGAACGUAUUUAAAGGACAGUUGCUUGACAAAUUUUGCUGUAAAGAUUGCAAACAGGAAGAGAGUUUCAGUGAGAGUGAUUUUCUUAGUUUGCCAUUACCAAAGGAAGCAAAUGUUGAACAGAGUUUGUUAGGGUUCCUUGAGGAGGAAGAAAUGGAUAUUUUUCCUUGUUCCAAUUGUGGUUCAACACGUGUUUGUAAGCGACUAGAAAUCAGUAGAUAUCCAGAUGUUCUUGUUUUACAACUGAAUAAGUCAGCUGAUUCUACAGGUUGGAGAACAAGUAAGACGAUUUUUCACGAAACACUGAAGGAAUCCCUGGAUAUUGAUGUUUUUAAGAAGAUCAAAAAAGAAGACAUUGACUCCUACAAAUUGUAUGGAGUUGUUGUGCAUCACGGAAGUGAUAGCAGUGGACAUUAUAUUUGCUAUGUAAGAAGACGGCACACGUCCAUGUUCGAUAAAUGCGAUGACUCCUUUGUUUCUCAAGUUCGGGUGCAGGAUGUUUUACAAAGCGACGCCUAUUUGCUGUUUUAUGAGAAGUGCGACUCUGCAGUUUAAAUUUUGAUUGUAACUCAUUGACUGUGUUUUACCUUUCUGUUUUAUAUCUUGUUUUAAGAAUGAAAACACCAGUUGUUCAUUUGCGUUAGUGUAUCAGAUGUGUUUUGCCCUUUUUUGUCUAUUAAGAGAAAAACACGGAGAUAACAAAAAAAAAAAAAAAAAAAAAAAAAAAAACAAAAACAAACAAAAAAAAAACAAAAAACAGAAAAACAGAAAAAAGUUAAGAAAACUUCAAAUGUUAGCA